UUGUGUGUGUUUUUGUUUUUCAUCUUCUUCUUGUUCUACGACACGUGUUUAAUAUUAUUUAGCAAAUGAUGUUGAAGAUUCGACAGAAUUUGAAUUUGAAACUGCUUUAUAUUAUGGCGAUUCCACAGUUAAUCUGGGUGAACGUUUUUCCAUAACAUGUAUUAUACCCAUAACAGAUCGAAUAUUUUGGUUAAAAGAUGACGAACCCAUAACACGUCAUAAUUUACGACACGGUCGUGAUGAACAUUCAUAUGUCUUAAGCGAAAGUGCUAUUGAGGGUGAAAAGCACAAAAUCGAAGCACACUUAUCGGUACGUCAUGCACUUAAAGUCCACGAGGGUAAAUAUCAAUGCAAUGAUCUGCACAGCAGUUAUCAUAUGUUGCGUGUACGUACACCACCGGUUGUGGCGCAAAAGCCCAUGACUAUAUCACCAUUCCUCUUGCAUCCGAUUGGUGGCGGCGAUGCCGAUUCAACGCGCCAACAUUAUUCAACCGAAUCUGGUUAUGCGACCAUACACGAUCUAACAUCAAGUCAAACGAAUGACGAUGACCUCUUUACACGUACCUGGGAGCCAAUAGAUCCUGAAACUCCGCCACAAAUUCUAGCACUGCCAACAAAAAAACCAAUAACAACGACAACAAUAACUGGACAACAACAGCAGCAUCAUGGUAGCCAUCAUCAUCAUCACGAACACACGCCACAUGUACAACAAAUGGAGCACGACAUGAAGCACAAGUUAUUUUAUAUAAAUACAACAAAUUUUGAUGGUAAUCCUUUGGCCACCGAUGCCAGACAUCAUAAUCGUACCAAAAUUGGUAUUGUAAAUUUGGACUUGAAUCCGCCACCAACACCACCACCCUACUAUACAACUGAUGGCCGGAGAAUGCCAACUAUAUAUUAUGCCGCUACACCACCCAGUUUUCCACCACCACGCACCACACCACCACCAGUGCCACAUUACGCUAUGGCUGGCUAUCCCCAUAAAACACAUGAAAGUUAUCAUAUGAGCCCCGGGGCGGGAGUGCCACAAACACAAUAUCCUGUACAAACUAUGCAGCCACCAUUCUAUUCACAAUAUCCACCAACUCAGCAACAACAGCAACAAUACUCCCAGUAUAAUACCAUGGUAUCAUUUCCUUCGCAUACCGGGCCCAUGGGCGGUCAACAGCCCGUACAGACUACCACUACAUUGUAUCAAAAUCCCUUCCAGCAAUACAAUCAAAUGCCCGCUCCACCAUCAUAUAAUAUGCCGCCUAAUGCUCCGGGUGCAGCUGUGGCCACAUCAGCUCCCAUAUUUGCUUCUUCCUCUACACCGGGUCUACUACCACCACCAGGCAUUGUUUCGGGAGUGGCUUUCGGUGGUGGCGGUGUCGGCAUGACAUCAACCAUUAGCUCGGGUUCUACGCAUAGUAAUCAAGAAUUAUCUAAAGUAAAGGGUGAGCUUCAUAAUUUUAGCUUUUAUCGCUAAACAAAUUUUUAAU